CUACACAACAGAGAAACCUUUCUGUGAUUGCAAACUUUGUUUUUCUUUUCUUUCCAAAUGAGCUGAUCAUUACAUUUUUUUCACUCAACUUUAUAUUCAUAUAUCUACUUGAUCAAUCGAACGUUUUCGGAUUUUACUCAUCAUCUUUGAUCAAAGUUUUGAAUAAGUUUUGUCCAUUCUGAUUUAAUGGCUGCGAUCACUGAGAAUGUACAAACUGAGAAGUAUAUUGAUGUUGCCAAAGAUGUUCAUGAAAUUUGUGUCAGUGAUAGCGAAAAGACCAUUGGUGAUGGAACUAAGAAAAUCUCGAUCACGAGUACCAAAACAGAGUCUGAGCUCAAACCCGAAUCCGAGGUAGAUAUGAAGAAACUUGUGGCAAUGUUCAAGAAACUGAAUCCUCUGGCAAAGGAGUUUUUCCCUUCUUACUACAACACCAAGAAGAACAAUCAUACUGGGAAAGACAAUCAAAUUCUGUCGGCUGACGUGGCUAAAAAGAAUAAAUCCAGUGAAGAAUUUGAUCAUGAUCUCAAGAAGGAUGACAAUAACCGGAAGAGAAGAAACGGUUAUAGCCAAGGGAGGAGAAGGUUAAAUGGAAGAAUUUCUAAGGCUGAGAGAGAGGAUAGUAUUAGAAGAACGGUGUAUGUUUCUGACAUUGAUCAGAGUGUGACUGAGGAGGGUCUUGCUGGCUUGUUUAGUAACUGUGGACAAGUUGUUGAUUGUCGAAUUUGUGGGGAUCCACAUUCAGUUCUUCGAUUUGCAUUUGUCGAGUUUGCUGAUGACCAGGGCGCACGUGAAGCUUUAAGCCUUGGUGGAACAAUGCUCGGGUACUACCCGGUGAGGGUUUUACCCUCCAAAACUGCUAUUCUUCCAGUGAAUCCCACAUUUCUUCCCAGGUCAGAAGAUGAAAGAGAGAUGUGUUCAAGGACAAUCUAUUGCACAAAUAUCGACAAGAAGGUUUCUCAAGCUGAUGUGAGAAACUUCUUUGAGUCGGCAUGUGGUGAGGUAACUCGUCUAAGGCUUCUUGGCGAUCAACUGCAUUCAACUCGCAUAGCUUUUGUUGAAUUUGCUCUGGCAGAUAUAGCACUUAGGGCGCUCAGUUGCAGCGGGAUGGUCGUUGGAUCCCAACCGAUCAGGGUAAGUCCAUCAAAGACACCGGUGAGGCCAGGAAUCACUCAACCACCUUCCACAAACUAGCUCCCUUCGACAGACAUUUUAUUCCCUUUAGUAACUUUUUUUUUUAUCUUUUACGUUUUAGAACAGUUAUCACCAGUUAUGUUAGUAGCUGGAAACACUAUGAUCUUGCUUUUGAGUUUCGAGUUCUUAUUAGGCUCUCUGUCUUUUCUACUGAGAUACUUCCAUCUGUUUCAGCAUUGUUCCUCUUUGGGAUUUUUGCUUUUGAAUGGUCUUGGCUUUUUCA